GGGAAGAAGCCAGGGUCUUAGGCAAGAAGGCAAGAUGAGUUACAGCCUGGCCUUUCUGCUGGCCCUUUUUGCAAGGCCCUGCCUUGGCUCUGCCUCCAGGAGUUUAGAGACUAUGACUUCCACUUCUUCCCCAGAGUUGGCAAUAACACCCUACGUUACAUCCCCAGGAGCCACAUCUUGGGCAGAAGGUGGUACUGUGUCACAGUCAUUUUCCAAUUUCACCGGCUCUGUGGACAGUCAUGGGACCUGUCAGUGCUCCGUUUCCCUGCCAGACACUGCCUUCCCCGCUGACAGGGUGGAGCGCUUAGAGUUCACAGCUCACAUCCUUUCUCAGAAGUUCGAGAAAGAGUUUUCUAAGGUGAAGGAGUAUGUCCAGCUAAUCAGUGUGUAUGAGAAGAAACUCCUGAACUUGACUGUCCGAGUAGAGGUCAUGGAGAAGGACAGUAUUUCUUACACAGAACUAGACUUUGAGCUGAUCAAACUGGAAGUGAAGGAGAUGCAUAAACUCGUCAUACAGCUGAAGGAGAAUUUUGUUGGAAGCACAGAAAUUAUUGACAUGCUGGAAGUGGAGAUAAGGAAUAUGACUCUCCUGGUAGAGAAGUUAGAGACGCUAGACCAAAACAAUGUCCUUAGCAUUCGCCGGCAAAUCUUGGCUCUGAAGACCAAGCUGAAAGAAUGUGAAGCCUCUAAAAGUGAGCUUGUGCCUGCCACGCCCCCUCCUCCUGCUCCUGGAAGCUGUAGUCAUGGUGGUGUGGUGAAUAUCAGCGCUCCCUCUGUGGUUCAGCUCAACUGGCAAGGUUUUAGUUUUAAAUAUGGUGCCUGGGGUCGAGAUUACUCUCCUCAGCAGCCAGAGAGAACCCUGUACUGGGUGGCACCUCUGAAUACAGAUGGGAGGUAUCUAGAAUAUUACCGACUUUAUAACUCACUGGAUAAUCUGUUAAUCUAUUCACAUUCCCAAGCGUAUCGGAUUCUCUAUGGCCAGGGGAGUGGUACAGUAGCGUACAACAACCACCUGUAUGUGAAUUGGCACAACGGGAGGAACAUUGCCAAAAUUAACCUGACCACCAAUGGAGUUACCGUGAAUCGGCCCCUCCCUAUGGCUGCCUAUAAUAACCGCUUCUCAUAUGCCAAUGUGAACUGGCAAGACAUCGACUUAGCUGUGGAUGAGCAAGCGCUGUGGGUGAUUUAUGCAACUGAGGAAAGCACUGGCAACAUAGUGAUCAGUAAACUCAAUGAUACCUCUCUUGAGGUGCUAAGCACAUGGGUUACCAAGCAGUACAAACCAUCUGUUUCUAAUGCCUUCAUGGUAUGUGGAGUUCUUUAUGCCACCCGCACUUUGAACACCAGAACAGAGGAGAUAUUUUACUACUAUGACACAAACACAGGGAGGGAAGGCCAUCUAGCCAUCCCAAUGAGGAAGAUGCAGGAAAGAAUUCAGAGCAUCAAUUAUCAUCCCUUCGACCAAAAACUUUAUGUCUACAAUGACGGUUAUCUUCUAAAUUAUGACCUUGUCUUCUUACAGGAGCCCAGGCAACCUGUCUAGGUGUUAGGGUGGAGGAGAAAUAAAAGUGGGUUGAAAACAGCCUUCUCCACAUGCUUAGACAUCUGCAGGGAAAUCCAGGAGUGUGUUUCUUUAGGAGCGAUGAGUAGUAGAGAUACAGUUCUAUCACAAUAGAGACAUAGUAUAUUUCUCUCCAUUUGAUUUCUUUAGGGAACCAUCAUCCCCCUUGGAUGAAUUUAACAGUGGAAAUAAGUUCCUUCCAGAUAAAGUUCUCAGAGGUUAGGGGUACUAUGAGUCUACUGAAGUUUCUAGUGAGGUGAAAUCUGGAAAUUAAGGAACUUAAGGGGAACUCAGUAUGAACUCUGGGGAUUCUUUCUCUAGGAAAUUCUCAUAGUGAUCAGUCAUUCACCGUGUAGCUCAUGGACUUGUCCAUGGGGGAAAGGAAACUGGGCUUAAUUAGAUAGAUUAGCAUCUGAAGGUGAAUGAGAGGCCAAGUGUCUGUCUUUGUUUUCCUCACCAGCUUCUGGAAUCUGCUUUGUGCAUCCUAGAUAGGUAAAUUUGGCAUCUUAAAUGAUGUCUGUUAGACAUUUUGAGUUUUCUGGAGUAUGAACCUUUUGUACAUUAAGUUAUAUACUGAAAAUCAAUCCUGGAGGGGGUUUCAAAUUAUAUACUUGGCUUUUUCUUUCUCUCAUUCUUCACUUACAUGACUCAGUAGAACCGUCCACCUCAUAAUUCAGUUUCCAAGGCAGCCAUAAUGUUAGAAGAGGACUUAGUAACCAGUUGCCUUUCUCUACUGCUGCUUACAUGUUUAAGAAACAUUAAUUAGUUUUCUAUGGGACAGAUAUGAAAUGAAAGUUACUUUUGUCUUAUCAUGCAAUUUUGGUUUCCAUAGCUCCAUGACUGAAAGAAGUCAGUUGACAGGAGCAAAAUGGGUAGCAUUUCUGGUGAGAUGACAAAGAUCUUGGAGUCAGUGGUACCGACUGUUUCAUGUAAUUUCUAUCUUUAAGCCUAGAAUUUGUAAGAAAGUGAAAUGUUUUUUUCUAGAAAGCGAUAUAGAAACACUCCUUGAUGUAUCUGGUUAGCCAGUGUAGUGGUGGAGAGCCUGGUAGGUGCAGAUAUUCCAGUUACUUCAGAUGGCUCCAUCAUAUGGUCUUGGCUGUUUUCCACUGAUGUUCAAAUUCUAAUUUUUAAAUGCUGUACUCCUAUUUUUUAAAUAAAUGAUUAAAGUGUGCAUUGAACCAAA